AUGCGAUUGCUCUCUGCUUUCACGACCCUUACGCUCGCCGCUGCUGCCUUUGCCCUGCCAGGGCGCGGUAACGGGAACGGCAACGGCAAUGGCAAUGGCAAUGGCCACGGUCACGGCAACUGGCCUCCAACCGUCUGCAAUCCCAACGCAAGCGGACCCCACCUCCAAGCUAUGCAGCAAGCCGCUGUCGCCGAUUUCGCGCACCUCUACCUCGUCGAGCACGACGUCCAGGCCGCGUUUGAUCGUUGGGUACCAGGACAAUACAUCCAACACAACCCCUACUCCGGACAGGGCCGUCAAGCCGCGAUCGACUUCCUCCAGGGAAGCUUCGAUUCCGACCCGUCAAUUACGACUACGCACACAACCGCAUUCGCUGGUCAGGGAUACGGCUUUUUGCACUACAAGUUGACGCUGCCGGAUAUCACGUAUGCCGUUAUGGAUUACUUUAGGUUUGAGGGGACGUGUAUUGUUGAGCACUGGGAUGUGUUGCAAGAGAUUACGGGUGAUGAGACGAACCCUAUUGCGUUCUUCUGA